GAAAGGUAUCAAGAUAUGAAUGUUUUCAUGAUGAAACAAAGCAAAGUAUUGUUGUUGUUGCCAUUAGUUUUGUUGUUUAUAUCAAGAAGUUGUCUUUGCGUAGAUCAUGGAUUAGAUCUCAAUUUUGUGUCUAAGGUUGGAAACUUAGAUAUAGGGCAAGUGGGAGGUCUAGCUGUGAAUGAAGAUGGUGAGAUACAUAUAUUUCACCGCGGUGAAAAUAUCUGGAAUGCAUUCUCGUUUGAUUCUAUGCAUGUAUAUACAUUACAAUAUUUCCCGAUUGAGGUGGACACUGUUGCCAUUCUGUAUAAGAAUGGUACGUUAAAACGGUCAUUUGGGAAUAAUACAUAUUACUUGCCCCACGGUUUGACGCUCGAUUUGGAGGGUAAUAUGUGGUUGACUGAUGUCGCCCUGCAUCAAGUAUUCCGGAUACCUAAAGGAGGUGAAUUUCCGGAUCUUACAUUAGGAUACAGGUUUGAACCUGGAUCAGAUUCUGAGCACUUCUGUAAACCAACUGAUGUUGCGGUGCUGUCGACAGGAGAGUUUUUUGUAGCAGAUGGAUAUUGUAACAGCCGUAUAAUAAAGUUUGACAAAUACGGUUAUUUCAUUAAGCAGUGGGGAUCGAAAAGUGUUUACAGAAAUUCCGAUGGUUUCCCCCCAGCGGGUACUUUCAACUUUCCGCAUGGUUUAACAUUGGCUGAAGACAAACGCUUGCUUUGUGUUGCAGACCGUCAAAAUGGUAGAAUUCAGUGUUUCGAUUUGGAAGGAAAUUUCGUGAGACAAAUGCAUCCGAAACCAUUUGGGCAAGCUGUAUAUGCUAUUGAAUAUAGUAUGAGCCAUGGAGGUGUAAUAUUUGCAGUAAAUGGGCCACAAGAUGGUCCGUACGCUGCUAAAACUAAAGGAUUUACUCUAAGCAUUGACACCGGUGAGCUACUCUCAACUUGGAAUAUUCCAGAACCAGGCUUAAAUCAUCCACAUGAUAUUGCUGUAGAUGAGACAAGACAUUUUGUCUAUGUUGGUGAACUUAACCCCCGACAGGUGUGGAAAUUAAAUAUGCCAAAACUUCUAUACAUGGCCAAUACUGGACUAGAUAAAUGGAGUUUAAUUGGAAUCUUAGUGGCCGUGCCAGUAUUUGUCUUGAUCUUAAUAUGUGUUCUAUUGUGGUUGCACCACACUGGAAAGUUGGUGAGAAAGACGAAGAAAAAGCCAGCCCCUGUUGUAAAGGAUUAUAGCAUUGACACAGAGCAGAUAGACUGUGGGCUUGACCUCAGUCAGUAUUCUGUGUCCUAUAACCAGACCAAGGAAUGUAUAAAGCCAGUUAAGAUAGACAGGACUGCUGGGAAAGUGGGGAAAAUUCGAAUAGAAGAUGAUGGCAGUUACUUUAAUGUGUCAGAGGGAGGAAAGGAAACAAAGCUACAGAAAGCACAGAUCACAUUGAACGAUUGUCUGGCAUGUAGUGGGUGUAUAACGUCCGCAGAAAGUGUACUUAUAACUCAACAAAGUCAAGAUGAGCUGUAUAGGAUACUGCAAGAAAAUAAUCAGUUACAGAAGGAUGGCAAGUCAGAUGAAGAGAAGAUAGUAGUGGUAUCAGUGUGUCCGCAGGCCCGUGCUUCUCUAGCUGCUAAAUAUAACCUCAAUAUGACAGAAACAUCACACAAACUAACAGCAUUCUUCAAAAAACUAGGUGUACAUUAUGUGCUAGACACUACGUUUGCCCGAGGUUUUAGUUUGAUAGAGAGUUGUCGAGAAUUUGUAAAUCGUUAUAAAGAAUCUGAAGUUACGCCAGCAGCAUUUCCUAUGUUAGCUUCUGCCUGUCCUGGUUGGAUAUGUUAUGCAGAGAAGACACACGGUUCCUAUAUACUGCCUUACAUUAGUAAAGUAAAGUCACCUCAACAAAUUAUGGGAUCUAUUGUGAAGGAUUAUUUUGCAAAGCAUCUGUCAAAGUCCCCAGCCCAGAUAUAUCAUGUCAGUGUGAUGCCAUGUUUUGAUAAAAAAUUAGAGGCUUCACGCCCAGAUUUCUACAGUGAUGUUUACAGUACGAGAGAUGUGGAUUGUGUUAUAACAUCAGGUGAAGUAGACUUGAUGUUGCAAAAGGAAGGUACAUCCCUAUCAGAUAUUGAAGAUUUUCCUUUAGAUACUUUAUUUGGGAGUGCCUCUAUUGUGAGUCAUAUAGGAGGUGGAUCAGGUGGUUAUCUGGAACAUAUUGCUAGAUAUGCUGCCCAGGAAAUCCUUGGAAUAACAGUGGAUAAUCUAAAAUAUAAAACGCUCCGAAAUCAAGAUUUUCAAGAAGUUACUAUAGAAACAGAAGGGAAACCACCAUUUAAAAUGGCUCUAGCCUAUGGUUUCAGAAACAUUCAAAAUAUUGUUCAAAAAAUUAAACGUGGAAAAUGUCCAUAUCAUUUUGUUGAAAUUAUGGCCUGUCCAUCAGGCUGUACAAAUGGUGGUGGCCAAAUUAGACCAGAAGGGGAGAUUACUCCCAAAGACAGACUGGUUCAAGUUACAGAACUUUAUAACUCAGUACAAACUGUAAAUCCAUGGACACAGUCUGAUGUUCAAAAACUUUAUUCUGACUGGUUAGGUGGAACGGACGGUGAAAAGUGUAAACAAAUGUUACAUACAGAAUAUCAUGAGGUGGAAAAGAUGACAAAUGCAUUGGCUAUUAAAUGGUAGGAACUUGGAAUGAGAAAUAACUUAUUAUAACAGGUGCUAAUGUGUCUUUUAGAUAAUUUUAAAUUAACAAAAAUGUUGUGAAAAACUUUAGAUUACCUAAUAGAGGCUUUAAACUAAACAGAGAACAAACACUGUGAAUCAUUCCUGCCGACAAUCUCUUGUUUAAUGGUAGGAUAAUGUAUCCUUGUGUAUUCUUGUGAAGUGUGUGAUAUUGUCAUAUUGAUGUAAAUUAUUUAGUAUAAUAAGUGCUGUGAUCAUGAAUAGCGAAAGUAAAGAAAUAUCAAAAAGAA